AUUAGCUAAUUUGUUUAAAAGAAAUAUGGAUAACUGAAGACAUGAGAAUACAAGUAAAAGCUUUAGGAAAACCAUUAAAUUUAAACAUAUUUGGUGUAAAUAGCGAAAUUUUGUCAUCCCUAAAUAUAUUAGAAGACUUGAUAAAGACAGUUGAAAAAUUAAACAUAUGCGAAGGUUACAAAAAUAUGUAUCAAAUAGAAUAUACUAGUGUUGCAAUAAAAGAAAGUAAAAAUACAUUAAGACAUGAAAAAUGUCCUGUAGUAUUGAAAAAUGCAACUCAAUGCAACUUUUGUAAAAGUAUUAGUUACAUUUUAGACAGAAAGAGAAAGCGUGCGAACAAUAAAGACAGUGAUGCAAAACGAAUUAGAAUGGAUAACUUAUCACCAACAAAGAAAAAAAUAAUUGAUGAUAUGCGUAAAGAAAAACAUGCUAUAGUGCAAUGUAAAUCCCGUCAAAUAUUAACUAUUAAAAAACUAGAAGAGAUACAAAAAAGUUAACUAUUAAAAAACUAGAAGAGAUACAAAAAGUUAACUAUUAAAAAACUAGAAGAGAUACAAAAGAUAUAAAAAUAUUAGAACAUACAAUUGCGGGAAAAAAUAUUCCGCUUAAUGAACAAGAAGCUCUCCGAGAAAUAUUAUCUGCUUCAUUGAAAAAGAAUACUAAAGGUAGACGUUAUUCGGAUAAAUGGAUUUUACUAUGUUUGUUGUUUCAUAUGAAAUCUCCGAAGGGAUACCAUUUUAUUUUAAAUAAUAACAUAUUGCCACUGCCAUCUCCAAGUACUAUAUGCAGAUAUCUAUCUUGCAUAAAGUCAUGUUGUGGGUUUGAUCCAAAUUUUUUCGAACUUUUCCGAGCUAAAAUAUAAGAAAGAAAUGAACAAGAAAGGCAUGGCAUAUUAUUAAUAGAUGAAAUGGCCACGCGCGAAAGUGUACACGUAAAAUCAAAUAAUUUAACUUUAACUGGUCUAGUCGAUUUUGGAAAUAAUAAUAAUGUAAAGGCUGAAAGUUUUGAUGACAAAGCAAACCAUGCACUUGUAUUCAUGUAUCAGCCAUUGCAUGUGUUACAUGCGGCACAACCUAUAUGUGUGUUUGCUUCGAGAGGGCCACCUUCAGGAACAGUAUUAGCAGAACUUAUCAUCAAAGCCAUAAUUCUAUUAGAAAAUACUGGUGUUAAAAUUCAUGGUAUUGUCACUGAUGGUGCAGCAACAAAUAGAAAAUUUUGAAGUAAAAUGGGCAUAUCAGGAAAAAAAAGUGAACUGAAAAGUUGGUUUAUACAUGUACUUGACAAAUGGAGAAAAAUUUUUGUAUUCUCUGAUACACCACAUAUUGUAAAAACAAUUCGAAACCGAUUAUAUGCUCACAAUUUAAAGAUGAAAUCAGAAGGACCUGCAAUUUCAUGGAAACAUUUCGAAAAAUUAUAUGAAAUUGAUCGUGGUAUGCCAAUGCCCAUCUGUCCUAGGAUAACAAAACAUCAUUUGGAAUUACAAAAUUCUUAAAAAAUGCGAGUCCGUUUAGCUGUACAGGUUCUCAGCAAGUCCGUUGCAAAAGGGCUACGUUUUUACAGUGCAUACCAUCAUGAAUUAGAAGAUAGUACUGCUACUGCUGAGUUCUGCGAGUGGAUAAAUUCCAUGCUUGAUUCCUUGAAUAGAAAAGAAUAUCAAAAUUGGUUGAAACCAGGAAAUAAAGAUUAUUUACUCCUACAAGAAUCUCUACAAAAGUUGGACCAAUGGGAAGAUCUAAUGGAAGAAGGAACCAUUACGAAUAAUGAGUUUCUUACUCGACAGACUGCGGAAGGACUUCGCGUCACUUUACAGUCCAUGAUAGAAAUUACUUCUUAUUUAACAAGCAAGUUUAAUUUUCAAUGUAUAUUGUCAGGGAAUAUAAAUCAAGAUGCUCUCAAGGUUUAUUUUAUAUGAGAAAUUUAUUGCAUUAGUCCGAGUCUUCAAUAGGUGUAAUAAGCUUCAAGCGUUCAGAAACUGACUAAUCUCGUUGGACGAUUCUUCUUAUAUUCGACUGUGAUUGGUAAAUUUAUUAAUGCAUAAUCCUUAAAAUAUUUAUUGUGGAUCCGGACUCUUAUGCAAAACAGUAUGAGUGGGUUUCACCAAGGCAAGUUAAUUUAAUCGGUGCAUGAAAUUCAGUUUCUCCAUUGGAACAAAUCAAUUAUAUUAUUAUUAUUUGUCUAAGAACGAUGCAACUGAUCAGUUCCAAUGGAAAAGCUAAAUUUAAUCAACUAAUUAAAUUAACUUAACUUGGUGAAACCCACCCUAUUUCUCAGACUUGAAAAUCGGUUUUGAUAAUCAGCUAUAAUUUGUAGUUGUCUCAGUAAUUAUAAUUAUUUUAUAUAUUUCUACUAGUUUCAAUAAUUAAUCUUAUUUCCUCUCUUUCAUUUAUAUUUUUAUAUUUAUUUUGAAUGGUACACACACAUAAAAACAUUGUGUCUGUUAUGCACUGUAUAUAUUUAUAAUACUUGCAGCGGUUUUUUGGAUGUGUUCGCCAAGCAGGAGGAUCUAAUGAUCAUCCUGCAACUCCGACAUUUUUACAAAUUUAUAAAAUUCUAUGUUCCUAUUCCAUCCUCUCUCCACCAAAAUGUGGAAAUUGCAUGAUCGAAAAAGAAAUAAAGUCACCCUUGAUUUCUUUAAACGACAUUAAAUCUCUGUAUCAAAAUUCUAAGACAGAAUCAGGAUUAUUGAUUGCUGAUAUAAAGUCACAAUUAAAUUAUGCUAUUAGAAAUGAUGAGUGGGAUAUUUAUGAUGUUUUUGAAUAUGAACAUGAUUAUGCUACACUUGCUACUUUUGAUUGCAUUGUAUAUUAUAUUACUGGACGCUUUGUCAGCAAUUGUUGAAGUUUAAAACAUGUUCUUUAUGUAUAUGAGCACUUACUAAAACUCCUGAAGCAUCUAACAGAAAAGCAAAAUUAAAUGAUAUGCUUCUUAAACCUUUUGUUCAUCCCAAUGUAGGUUUUCAUAAUUUUUUAAAACAAUUGGAACAUGUGUUUACGAAACAUUGCAAUCAAUUAAAUGUUGCAGAUGCUGUGUUAAGCAAUAUUAUUGAAUCUAAUAUGUUAACUUUUCCUUGCGAGGAGCAUAAAAUAGAUAUAAUUUCUUAUAUUGUACAUUACUACUUGCAAAUAAGAUUGUCACAAUAUUGCCGCGAAUUAAAUAAUACUAAAAAAGAUAACCAGCAUAUAAAAAAACUAUCCAAACAUUAUAAAACGUAAAUUAAUUUUGAGAAUAAAAA